GCACAGUAGGUUCCAGAAACAAGGCAGUUCAAAGUGCUUUACACAUUAGAACAUACAAUAACCAAUUAUGAAACAAGCAAUAAGUGUUACAUCUUGCCAAAAGCCAUCUUCAAGAAAAUAUACAUCAAAUAAAUUGAUCAAUGUUCCACUUACUACUAAUCAGAGGCAGAGUAAACAGGUGGGUUUUAAGCCUGGAUUUAAAGGAACUCAGUGUUCCAGCGUCUUUGUGGUUUACUGAACGUUUGUUCCAGGUUUAUGGUGCUUCUCCUAUGUUUGUCGAAUUUUGAGGAACAAAAAAAGCGAAACAAGUUAACACAUUUCUUAAAAAAUUUAUUAACUUAUAAAAAAAAUAAAAUAAAAAAUAAAGGCUGUAACAAAAAGCGUGGAUAACUGCGAAUCCUUUCUGGAUGCACUGUACCUCACCUGUUUUAAAACUCUUAUCUGACGGUCCAUACGGCAGUACAUUUCCUAUUACCAACAGUGCCGUUGGUGCAGGAAUCAUUAGGCUAACACUGAAUGGAAACCAACAUCAAACAGUCACUGAAAGACAGCCAGCUGCCUGACCUGACAUAAAGGCCUGUGUGUAUUUUGGCAGGUGGUUUUGGGAUAAAAAACCUGACGUGUCUCUGAUAAGAAAUGGGUCUGUGCGUGCGCCACGUUGUCAAAAAGAAGCCCUGCUGCUGGAUCAACCCUUCAUUCAUUCCUCUUUUCCAAGAGACGGAGGACGACACCCGAGGUCAGCCAUGUCUGGACUUAACGCAUCACUUGGGUACUUUCUGUCGGUGGUGAUUUUCGCGGUCUUGGUCCAAACGCUGUUCAGAAAAUGGCCUCGGUUUAGCUUUGUGUCCGAGUUCGCCGCCUCCUUCAUGCUGGUGGCGUGCUGGCUGGAGAUACAGACCAUCGUGGAGGUGGGCCAGUGGGCCGGGGGCCUGGGCCAGGACGUGACCGUGACCAUGCUGUUUGUGUUGCUGCUAACUCACGGCGUGCUCUGCGCCGGAACGUCGGGGAAUCCCAGCCUGGUCGUGCAGAAGUUCCUGCAGCUGGAGGCCGGCGCUCUGCCCACGGCGCUCGCUGUCAUGGCCCAGUUCGCCGGGGCUCACCUGGGCCUGCUGGCAGCCAGGUACUACUGGAGCCUGGAGUUGACCGACAUGCACAUGAUCAAAAACCUCAUGUCGAGAGAAUGCAGCACGUCCCUGCUGGUCUCCGUGGUUCAAGGCUUUUUUACAGAGUGUGCCUGCGCGCUCCUCUUUCAUCUCAUCCAGUUAAAUCUGAGACGCAGAUCGGCUCUGAUCCGGGUACCCCUGAUCGCAGUUCUACUCACUUUCUUCUCUCAUGUCGCCAGGAGCUACACCUCUGCUUUCAUGAACCCAUCUCUGGCUUAUGGACUCACCUUCCACUGUCCUGGAUUUACCUUCAAAGAGUAUGCAUUGGUCUACUGGCUGAGCUCUCUCACAGGUAUGUCACAUUACUCAACACCAAACGGUGCGUUCGUGUGUGUGUGUCGCAGUCUGUUAACAGUUUCUUUAAAAAUUGCUUGUUUCCCAGGGAUGAUGUUGGCUCUUCUCCUUUACAUGGGUCACAUUCCCAAGCUUUUUGCCAAGAACCUUCUGUAUUUCCAGAAGACACGCUUCAGAGUGCCGAAAGGAGACAAACCGGAAAAGAAGAAAAAGUGACAGAUGGUAAUAGAAAAAAAAGACUAUUACAAGAAAUGGUCAAUGCUAAUAAGAGGUUUACUUUAACUGAGCAGCAAAGGAUGCAUUAUGUGAAAUAUUUGGAAAAAA